GCUUCUGGCCAUACUCCCCUAUAAAUGUGGAAGGUAACUGGUGAAACCAGGUCUGAGUGGUUGGAGAAAGGGAGCUGGGUGAAGUAGGAGCUGCCUGAUCCCAUUCCAGAGUAUCUUCAUCUUUCUGCUGCAGAGUGAAGGUCCUUAAACCAAGAGCCCAGGGUUCUAAACUGCCAUCAAGAUGGUGGGCGAUGUCCCCUACCUUAUCUCAGAUCUGGAUCGGCGAGGCCAGCGGAGAUCCUUUGUAGAGAGAUAUGACCCCAGCCUGAAGACCAUGAUCCCAGUGAGACCCUAUGCAAGGUUGGCAACCAACCCUGUGGAUGACGCAGGGCUGCUCUCCUUUGCCACAUUCUCCUGGCUCACACCAGUGAUGGUGAGAGGCUACAAGCACACGCUGACUGUGGACAGCCUGCCCCCAUUGUCACCGUAUGACUCAUCUGACGUCAACGCCAAAAGACUUCAAGUCCUUUGGGAUGAAGAGGUAGAAAAGGUGGGUCCUGAGAAAGCCUCUCUGGGCCGCGUGGUCUGGAAAUUCCAGAGGACGCGUGUUUUGAUGGAUAUCGUGGCCAACAUCCUCUGCAUUACCAUGGCGGCCAUAGGGCCGACGGUUCUCAUUCACCAAAUCCUCCAGCAGACUGAGAGCAUCUCCAGGAAGGUCUGGGUUGGCGUCGGCCUGUGCGUGGCCCUUUUCACCACUGAGUUUACCAAAGUCCUCUUUUGGGCCCUUGCCUGGGCCAUCAAUUAUCGCACGGCGAUCCGGUUGAAGGUGGCUGUCUCCACCCUGGUUUUCGAAAACCUGGUGUCCUUCAAGACGCUGACGCACGUGUCAGUUGGUGAGGUGCUCAAUGUACUAUCAAGUGACAGUUAUUCCUUGUUUGAAGCUGCCUUGUUCUGUCCCCUGCCAGCCACCAUCCCUAUCCUAAUGGCUGUCUGCGCCGUCUAUGCCUUUUUCAUCCUGGGGCCCACAGCUCUCAUCGGGAUAGCCGUGUAUGUGAUAUUCAUCCCCAUCCAGAUGUUUAUGGCUAAGCUCAAUUCAGUUUUCCGAAGAUCAGCAAUUUCGGUGACAGACAAGCGAGUUCAGACAAUGAAUGAGUUUCUGACCUGCAUCAAACUGAUUAAAAUGUACGCCUGGGAGAAAUCUUUUACCAACACCAUUCGAGGUAUAAGGAAGAGGGAAAGGAAAUUACUGGAAAAAGCUGGAUUUGUCCAAAGUGGAAACUCAGCGCUGGCCCCCAUUGCAUCCACCAUAGCCAUUGUGCUGACAUUCACCUGCCACAUCCUCCUGAGACGCAAGCUAACCGCUCCAGUGGCAUUUAGUGUGAUUGCCAUGUUUAAUGUAAUGAAGUUUUCAAUUGCAAUCUUGCCUUUCUCGGUCAAAGCAGCGGCCGAAGCCAAUGUCUCUCUAACGAGGAUGAAGAAAAUUCUCAUUGCUAAAAGCCCCCCAUCUUACGUCACCCAACCAGAAGACCCAGAUACUGUCUUGCUUUUAGCAAAUGCCACCUUGACGUGGGAGCAAGAAGCCAGCAGGAAAAGUGAUCUAAACAAAGUGCAGAAUCAGAAAAAGAAUUUUCUCCAGAAACAAAGGCCAGAAGCAUACAGUUUGAGUCCAUCAGCCCAGGGAGUCACUGACCCAGAGGAGCAACAUGGCAGCCCCAAAUCGGUUCUGCACAAUAUAAGCUUUGUGGUGAGAAAGGGGAAGGUCUUGGGAAUCUGCGGUAACAUUGGCAGUGGGAAGAGCUCCCUCAUUGCCGCUCUCCUAGGACAGAUGCAGUUACAACAAGGGAUUGUGGCUGUCAGCGGGACUCUGGCCUAUGUUUCCCAGCAAGCGUGGAUCUUUCACGGAAAUGUGCGAGAAAACAUAUUAUUUGGAGAAAAGUAUGAUCACCAAAGGUAUCAGCACACAGUUCAUGUCUGUGCCCUCCAGGAGGACCUGAGAAGCCUCCCUUAUGGAGACCUGACCGAGAUCGGGGAGCGGGGCCUCAACCUGUCUGGGGGGCAGAGGCAGAGGAUCAGCCUGGCCCGUGCCGUCUACUCGAACCAUGAGAUCUACCUGCUGGAUGACCCCUUGUCGGCCGUGGACGCCCACGUGGGGAAGCACGUCUUUGAGGAGUGCAUUAAGAAGGCGCUCAGGGGGAAGACCGUCGUCCUGGUGACCCACCAGCUGCAGUUCUUGGAGUCUUGUGAUGAAGUCAUCUUGUUGGAAGACGGAGAGAUUUGUGAAAAGGGAACCCACAAAGAGUUGAUGGAGGAGAGAGGACGCUAUGCAAAACUGAUUCACAGCCUGCGAGGGUUGCAAUUCAGGGAUCCUGAGCACAUUUACAACGCAGCCAUGGUGGAAGCCCUCAAGGAGAGCCCUGCCGAGAGAGAGGAAGACGCUGGUACAAUAGUUGUGGCUCCAGGAGAUGAGGAAAAGGAAGGAAAAGAACCUGAAACAGAAUCAGAAUUCGUAGACACAGAAGCUCCUCUGCACCAGCUCAUCCAGACGGAGUCCCCCCGGGAAGGCACUGUGACCUGGAAAACGUAUCGCACGUACAUUAAGGCUUCUGGAGGGUACCUCCUCUCUCUCUUCGUGGUGUCCCUCUUCCUCCUGAUGAUCGGCAGCUCCGCCUUCAGCAACUGGUGGCUGGGGCUCUGGCUGGACCAGGGCUCACAGUGUGGGCCUCAGGGCAACACAGGAACGUGCGAGGUCGGCACGGUGCCGGUGGACACCGGGCCGCGGGGGCACCAGUGGGUGUACAUGGGGAGCAUGGUGUCCAUGCUGCUGUUUGGGGUCACCAAAGGCUUUGCCUUCACCAAGACCACGCUGACGGCAUCCUCCUCACUGCACGACCGAGUGUUUGACAAGGUCCUGGAGAGCCCGAUGAGCUUCUUUGACAGGACUCCCACCGGCAGGCUAAUGAACCGCUUUUCCAAGGACAUGGACGAGCUAGACGUGAGGCUGCCGUUUCACGCUGAGAACUUUCUGCAGCAGUUUUUCAUGGUGCUGUUUAUUCUCGUGAUAUUGACUGCUGUGUUUCCUGCUGUCCUUUUAGUCCUGGCCGGCCUUGCUGUAGGCUUCUUCAUUCUUUUACGCAUUUUCCACCGAGGAGUCCAGGAGCUCAAGAAGGUGGAGAACAUCAGCCGGUCGCCCUGGUUCUCCCACGUCACCUCCACCAUGCAGGGCCUGGGAACCAUCCACGCCUACGACAAGAGGGAAGACUGCGUGGACAACCACCUCCUGUACUUCAACUGUGCUCUCAGGUGGUUUGCUCUAAGAAUGGAUGUCCUCAUGAACAUCGUCACCUUCAUUGUGGCCUUGUUGGUGACCCUGAGUUUUUCCUCAAUCAGUGCUUCAUCCAAAGGCUUGUCAUUGUCUUACAUCAUCCAGCUGAGCGGACUGCUCCAGGUGUGCGUGCGCACUGGCACCGAGACCCAGGCCAAGUUCACCUCCGUGGAGCUGCUCCGGGAGUACAUUUCGACCUGUGUUCCUGAAUGCACUCUCCCUCUCAAAGUGGGGACCUGUCCCCACGACUGGCCCAGCCAUGGGGAGAUAACGUUCAAAGACUAUCAGAUGCGGUACAGAGACAACACCCCUCUUGUUCUCGACGGGCUGAACUUGAGCAUCCAAAGUGGGCAGACGGUUGGGAUUGUCGGCAGAACGGGUUCUGGAAAGUCAUCAUUGGGAAUGGCUUUGUUUCGUCUGGUGGAGCCCGCCAGUGGCACAAUCAUCAUUGAUGGUGUGGAUAUCUGCACUGUCGGUUUGGAAGACCUCAGAACCAAGCUGACCGUGAUACCCCAGGAUCCCGUCCUGUUUGUAGGUACAGUAAGGUACAACCUGGAUCCCUUUGAGAGUCACAGUGAUGAGAUGCUCUGGCAGGUUCUGGAGAGAACAUUCAUGAGAGACACAAUAAUGAAGCUCCCGGAAAAAUUACAGGCAGAAGUCACAGAAAAUGGAGAAAACUUCUCAGUAGGGGAACGCCAGCUGCUUUGUAUGGCCCGAGCGCUUCUCCGUAAUUCAAAAAUCAUUCUCCUUGAUGAAGCCACUGCCUCCAUGGACUCUAAGACCGACACCCUUGUUCAGAGCACCAUCAAAGACGCCUUCAAAGACUGCACGGUGUUGACCAUCGCCCACCGCCUCAACACGGUCCUCAACUGCGACCUUGUCCUGGUCAUGGAAAACGGGAAGGUGGUCGAGUUUGACAAGCCUGAAGUCCUUGCUGAGAAGCCAGAUUCUGCAUUUGCGAUGUUACUGGCAGCAGAAAAUAAACUCCGACUGUAAACAUCCCCGCUGGGGCCACGUCAGCUGCUUUUAGAAGAGGAGGAGGCUAUGUGAGAUGAGUCAGUGCACCUGCAGUGGGGAGGCUGUCAUCUGGGCAGGGUGGAGGGCAGCCCUGGUCCACCAUCCCUCCCAUGCCAAGAGCACAGGCUGAGCCGGGGCGGACCUGCUUCCCUGCCUUGCCCAGCACACGCCUUCUGAUCUCACUUGGAGGGCUUGGCAUUGUUCUGGGUGAUAAACAGAGGCAGGUGAAGCUAGUAGAUAAAAAACUGCCCCCACGUCCUAAAACCCCAAAGGUCCCUCAUACGUUCUCAUCAAUACCACUUUAGUGCAUGGGAGUGAAAACAUUGUAACUUUCAGUUAAAAACUGGUUAAACAGAAUGGGAAAAUUCCUAAGGUUGGCCUUUAUAAAGGGUCCCUGCCUUGUUAUCAAAAGGGAAGAGAACAGAGUUUUCUUCCCUCUUAACUCCUGUUCUUGUCUAUUUGGAGUGUGUGACAAGCCCUAACUACAGAGAUCUGUAGCAUGAAAGAUUGAUUACAGUGUCUGGUGAAAAUUUUUUUAAAAAAUCAUAUUGUAUGCCCCAUUUGAUCUAUUAGAAUAACCAGGAAAACAAAAUGUUGGAGUUUCUCUAUAAAUGACAUUUUUAUAUCUUCUAUAUUGGUCAUUAAAAUGCAGUAGGAAAUUAAACUACCCUGAAAUGUUGCCUUGCAAUUAUUUUGCUGAAGAUAUUCUAAUUUCUGUACUGUUUUCUGUCACAGAGCCUUGUUGCUUUCGCCAUUGACUCAGUAAUAAACCCCUACAGCGUUUCCCAAAUACAAGUCUUUCUUUCCCACCUCAAGGUUUACUAUGACGGAGGCAGUAAACACACAGUCCCAGCAGCUGAGGGGUGAGUGCUGCUGAUUCAUGGUGACAUUUGGAAGAAAAAAAAAAAAAA